CAUGUUUUUUUGUAUAUCUCAGAUUCGACGCCGCCAUGGAGAGACGUCAUCUGCAACAGGCUACCGGCGGCGGGGCGAGCUUGAGGAACUUGGCGCCGCCGGCCCGCUCCAUCUCCGGUGGCCGCAAACCUCCUCAGCCGACUACCUCGACACCGUCCAAGAAACAACACCAGUCCUUCGUCGCUCCGCUUCCCCGACCGAGCGGUGGCAGCCUGCAUCAACCAAGUACCGGCGGCGGCCAGCAUCCACUUCCCGGCGGUGGCUACCAUCAAAGCACCAUGAAGGCCCCGAUGCCAAGCAUCUCUGAGCCGUCCCGCCUACCAUCUCUGCCACAAGUAUCCAUGUCAUCCUUUGGCCACGCCACUGACUGGGACACUCAAAGAGCCUCCUCAACACCAGCACUUGACUAUGAGGCCACCGUAGACGACUUCAGUGCACCCAACCUCUUUGACUGGACCCCCACCCCGGACUCCACCCAGGAUUCAAUUCCCCCAGGAGGUUUCGUCAAUUUUAUGACACAAGAAACUGAGCUGGAGGUUGAUGUGCUGAUGCAACUUCAAGGCAGUGGAAGUAAGAGAGGUGGCAAUUACCACCACGAUGAGGAUAUCUAGCUCUGCAGAUCUUGGAUUAACAUCACAACUGAUCCAAUCACUGCAAAUGACCAACCAAGCAAGUCGUAUUGGGCAAGGAUUGCAGAGCACUUCCACGACCACAAAUGUUUUGAGUCUGAUAGAACUACUGCUUCGCUCGAGAAAAGAAUGGGAGGCAUACUGAAAGACUGCAUGAGAUUCCAAUCAUUCUACGACGAGAUCGAGCGUCGACAUCCAAGUGGUAUUCCUUACACUGAGCAUAUAAAAGAAGCUCAAGCUCGAUAUGCUCGAGCUGACCCCAAAACCAAGUCCUUCACCUUCAUCCACUGCUGGUUGGAGGUUAGGCACACCGAGAAGUUUCUAUCGCUGCAAGAGGCCAUGAAGCAAUCAAGGAGGCCAAGCACAUCAGACAAGCGUGCUACACCAGCUGAAGAUGAAGGAAAUGAAGCAGGUCAAGAUUCGACACCAGCUAACUCUUCCAUGCCUGCUGCCAAGCAAGAUCGACCUCCGGGUCGGAAACAGUCGAAGGAGAAGGUGAAGAGGAAUGGACGAGGAGUUGAUGAGUGCAUAGAGGUCUGGGGCAGCUUUGUUCAGAUGAAGGUGGAAGAAGCAAAACAAAAAAAUGAAAGGUGGAAAGAAGCUACCAGGAUUGAGCAGAAGAAGCUUGAAGAAUCUACCAGGCUUGAGGAGAAGAGGCUCGAGAUAAAGGAGCGGCGGUUGAUGUGGGAGCAAGAGCAAAAGAUUAUGUUCUGUGAUCUCAGCUCGAUGGAUGAGAGUCAGAGGGCCUACGUUCGAGUGAUGAGGGCACAUAUUGCAGCGGCAAAGGUUGCCUCACUCAAUUCGGGGGCAAGCGAGCAUGCCAGCGGGGCGGCUGGGGAUGACGUAAGCUCCGCGUGAUCCUUUCCUUGUCUCAGUUCUGUUUGCUUUACUUGUCGUAGGGGCCUCUUCAGAAGAACAUUCAGUCAUUUCUGGUUCAGCAUGGAUUGGAGUCCAGUGUAGGAUUGAAGCUCAUCAUUUGUUCGUGAUUGUUCAGUUUGGUCAAAUGUAGCAGUGGCAUUUUUAUUGUCAAAUAUCUUUCUUGUUUGGUUGUUCAGAUGGGUGGUAGAUGGCUAGAUGCCAAACCUGAGAUGUUUAUUUAUUGUCAAACCUGAGAUGUUUAUUUAUCUGAAUGUUUCUAUUCAAAUAAUGACUGAGUGUUUAUGUUACUCUGAGUUUGUUUGCUGGGCAUGCCAUGUUCAUCAGGAUGUGUGCUGGAUUACAAA